AUGGAGGAACUGCUCAUGACUCUCUUCGGGGCGCUGAUGGGCUUGUCAUGGUCACUUCUCGGCUUGUACCUGUCGAGCCUCGUCCAAGAUAUCAAUGCACCCGCAGCAUACACUAUCCGUGCUUUGUUUCUUCUGGUUGCUGUGUUGAUUCACGGCUUUGUGAGAUCUAUGAGCCCUCGGCUCUUUAAUUUUGUUUUGUUUCUUCUUGUUGCUGCAUUGCUUACGAUUCAGCUACCGAGUGGCGUUUUGGUGCUUGUUAAUUUGGCUCUCUUUCCGGAACUAUCCAGCAGUUACCUUGGUUCAUCUACGAUUGAGACUCUGUCGACUACCGUGGACACAUUGACACGAGCGACUCACUGCUUCGUCACACCAGGCUGCGAUGCUGCUGAAGCAGCAAAAAUCAACUCAAAUGCUCUCGCCACAACUUCUACAGCCAGGACGAGCAGAACCAUGAACCGAGUAAGACGAAAGACCAUGAGGCAUAUUAAAGCCUUUGCCGCAGAGUUCCCCAACCCGUUUCAUACGGGCAAAAGUCUGACAACAAGUGCUACUGUGCCUGUCCAGCGAACUACAGUGGCAUUUCUCACAGCGCAAAAGUCCAAAUUGCGUGCACAGCUCUCCCGUUGCAAAGCCGCUCAAGACGAAGUCAAUUUUGAGAUCUCCACCUCGUCUCUACCCCCGAUCGCCAUGAAGCCCAUUAGUGUACGCUAUAUGACAAGUCUUGUCCAGAACAUCAUCACACUCAUAGGCAAUUGCGAGAAUAAGUUUGUGCUUGUUGGUAACAAGGACCAUCUUGGCAUCUUGCCAGACUAUAAGGAGAGCACUGAAUCGGCAACACCAGACUUUCAAACAAGGACAGCACAACGAACCCAGCCGAUUAGUCCUAAUGGAGGGGAAGUAUCGCGCCACAAAGAGCAGCUCAAGAUUGUCAAACCAGUCAGGGAGAUUGAAGCAGGUAGUUCACAGCUCCUCGAGAUGACCAUUCAACGCAUUCGACUGCCAGUACAAGAUUUCCAAAGCUCUAUAGAAGAGGCGGUAAAUCUACUAAUAGCAUGUCUUGCCUAUUGUUUUGAAGUUCCAACACUGCCCUCCGGAUCGCCCACGCCGGACGGGAUACUCUUGGAAGAGAUUGAUUCCCGGCUCGACGAGUUCUCGACUUGCAUAUCCGCUUUCGAUGCAGGAUCAUCCGAGGCACUCAAAAAAGCCAUUAUGGAUGAAUCCGGGCUUGCAGUAGAUUUCAUGCCACGUAUGGAGACCUUCCUUGUGUCCUCAUUCAUCCUUGCGCUUCGCGACUCGGCAACUCAGAUCCUGCACAUGCUUCGACACGUUAGAACUCUUGUAGAAAAAAGUCAGAGACGACAUAAUAAAUUCCGGGUCUGGAUUCCUCAGUAUAGGAAUAUUCGGAAAUGGCUAAGCUCCGGCGGUGAAGCCGAUGCCAUGGUUCUUCCCAAAGAAGGGAAAAAGGCAGCGCGUCAGGGACUGCAAAGUCCAUCUUCCGAAGAAAAGGCCGAGCCAUCAAGCGACGGAGUCAAGGCUCCAGUACCGCCCAAUGAUGAGGAAGCAUGCUCUGCAAUCACUGGUAGCCACAAGGCUAAGGACAAACAAAACUCGUCAAGCAAACCAACCCGUCGGGACAGGAAACAGUCCCCGCAUGGCCGCUUUGCGCAGUUUCGAACCACAAUAGCAGACGUUUUGGAAUGGUUACAGCGGUCUGACGACGUUGAGUACGCAUUGAAGCUGGCAAUUGCAAUAUUUUUGGUCACAUGGCCAGCUUUUGUUGCUUCUACGAAUGCCUGGUACAGUGAGGUAAAAGGUGUGUGGGCUCCCCUGCAACUUAUUCUUGUAUUCGAGGUUGCCAUUGGCACUUCGUUAUUCGUUUUUGCCGUUCGGCUUUUUGGUGUCAUCUUUGGUUGCGUUGUUGGAUAUCUUUCGGUGGAAAUUGGACGAGGUAACCGUGUUGCUGCUGUGGUGAUUCUUCUUCUUGGUAUAGUUCCGUCUGUUUAUGUCCAGCUUGCGACCAAAUAUGUCAAGGCGGGAAUGAUAUCGAUUGUGUCGCUGAGUGUUGUUGCUUUAGCCUCCGAAGUCUUCUACAAGCGACUUGUUGCGUUUCUAGUCGGUGGUCUGGUAGCUAUGGUAGUUGAAACCCUCGUCGUCCCUGUGCGAGCCAGAGAUCGCUUGGUAGAGUCCCUAUCUACAUCGGUUCGCCAAGUCCAGAAGAUGCAAGCCGCUGUAGCUGUUGGUAUCGAUGAUCCAGAGCGGCCAAACUUUCGAUCUUCAAAGCUUUUGACGCGUUUUAGUCGUUCUCGCGACAAAGCCCAAGGGGCACUAGCAGCAGCUGAGAUGUUCUUGCCGUUUUGUCUCACUGAACCACGUCUAAAAGGAAGUUUCAAGCCAUUGGCGCCGAUAUACAAGGAAAUCAUUUACGUCCUACACCAGAUCAUUGAUCGCAUGGACAACGUGGUCCAGCUCCGCGGAAUGUAUGGUUCAUCUGUCCUGGAGGACUUGAACCCGAGAGUGUACACGUGCCGUAGAAACGUUGCCGCCAGUAGCACUUUGAUCCUGUUUUCAGUGCAUGAAGCGCUAACCACGUGGCUUCCACUACCUCAAUUCCUUCCAUCGGCUCGUCUGGCCCAAUUAAGGCUCAUCAGUCGUAUCCGAGAGCUCUUGGUAGCGCAAAGUCCAAAGGGACGGAAACCAAACAUAGUUGCGUGCCACCGUCGAAGGCCCAAUCUGGAUGAGGAGACCGCAAGUCUAAUAACCCAACACAAGUUUCUUUCUUGGAAUGCCAGCACAUCUGGGCAAAUGGAGAUAAUUGAGUAUCUUGAAGAGCUGGUAGAGCUGGUAAAGUUGUUGGUUGGUGUCAAUGCCUUCCGAAGCGGUUUGCUGGAGCGGCCGCAAUAUCGGCAGUAUAUUCGACAACUGGAGACUGAACAAGAUGAGGACUUGGACAGAGUUUUGUCCAAAAGGUCACAUGCUUCUAGUGCAGUAGAUGGUGAGGGGGGUGGCAUAGAAUUGGAGACGCUCAGAAGACGGGCAACCGCAACGGGGCCACAAGGCAUUAGCCAACCGUUCGGGCUAGGUCAAGUGGAAGGCGAGCCAGGUCAUGGAACCGAUGACUCGGAGGGAGAAGACGAAGUCAUACCAAGGAGUCUACAGCGAGUUGGGGUGAGAUUAAUGAUAGACGAUACAGUGGUAAGGAGGCGACGAUUUACAGUUAGCCACAGCGCAUAG